AUCAUGGCUUUCAAUGGAAAAUAUGUGGUAGAAAGUCAACAAAACUAUGAUGAGUUUAUGAAGGCUAUUGGUAUUCCUGCUGAUGUUAUUGAAAGAGGGAGAGAUUUCAAGUUUACCACAGAUGUUGUUCAGAACGACAAUGACUUCACUUGGUCCCAGAUAUACCCAGGUCACACUAAGACCAACAAAUUCACUGUAGGUCAAGAGUCAGAAAUGGAGACUGUGAGUGGCAAAAAAUUUAAAGCAAUUGUUCACUUGGAAGGUGGAAAACUAGUUGUGGACUUUGGAAAAUAUCAUCACACCUCAGAAAUUGCUAAUGAAAAACUGGUAGAGACAUCAGUGGCUGAAGGUAUCACCUUCAUAAGAACCAGCAAAAAGGUGGCAUAA